AUGUCUGACACUGAAGAAGUGUACGAAGAGGAGGAGAAGCCAAGGAUGAAGCUGACUGGUCCCAAAAUCCCAGAAGGAGAGAAAGUUGACUUUGAUGACAUCCAGAAGAAGCGUCAGAACAAAGAUCUGAUUGAGCUGCAGGCCCUGAUUGAUCUUCAUUUUGAGAAUAGGAAGAAGGAAGAAGAGGAACUGAUUGCUCUGAAAGAGAGGAUUGAAAAACGCAGAGCAGAAAGAGCUGAACAGCAAAGAACUCGUGCUGAGAAGGAAAAGGAGCGUCAGGCCAGGCAGAUGGAGGAGAAAGCAAGAAAGGAAGAGGAGGAUGCCAGGAGGAGGGCUGAUGAUGAUGCCAAGAAGAAGAAGGCUCUGAGCAGCAUGGGUGCUCAAUACAGCAGCUACCUUGCCAGGGCUGAUCAGAAGAGAGGGAAGAAACAGACUGAAAGGGAAAAGAAGAGGAAAAUCCUUGCAGAAAGGCGCAAGCCACUCAACAUUGAUCAUCUUAAUGAAGACAAGCUUAGGGAAAAGGCCAAGGAACUACAUGACUGGCUGUGCCAUCUAGAAUCUGAAAAAUUUGAUAUGAGUGAAAAACUGAAGAAGCAGAAGUAUGAGAUUACAACACUGCGUAAGAGAAUGGAGCUACUGGCUAAGUUAUUACUACAGCCAGAAAUCGCAUUGACGAACUUCAAAAACACAGCAAGAAGGGUGCUGGCAAGGGCAAAGUUGGUGGCCGUUGGAAGUAAAUGGUUGAAGCAGAAGUCUCCAUUGCAGCAUGACCUGACUGCAUUGUCUCAAGCUUGGAUUCUUAUGAGGCUUAUCUCAAGUGGCAAACAAGCUACAUAG